AACGUCGAUGUAAAAACGUAUCCAGUGUUCCAUCCGUAUUGCUCUUCCUCUUUCCAUCCAUCCAGCAUUAUAAUAUGUCUCACAGAAAGUUUGAAGCUCCUCGUCAUGGUCAUUUAGGUUUCGGUCCUCGCAAGAGAACUAGAUCUCACCGUGGUAGAGUCAAGGCAUACCCCAAGGAUGAUUCCAAGCUUCCUGUCCACUUGACCGCCUUCAUGGGUUAUAAGGCUGGUAUGACCCAUAUCGUCCGUGAUCUUGAACGUCCUGGAUCCAAGAUGCACAAGAAGGAAAUCGUUGAAGCUGUCACAGUUAUCGAGUCUCCUCCCAUGGUUAUUGUUGGUGUUGUCGGUUAUGUCGAAACCCCUCGUGGUCUCCGUUCUUUAACCACUGUCUGGGCUGAACAUCUUUCUGAAGAAGCCAAGCGUAGAUUCUACAAGAACUGGUACCGUUCCAAGAAGAAGGCCUUCACCAAAUAUGCUGCCAAGUAUGCUAACGGUGGUAAGGAUGUUGCACGUGAAGCUGAACGUAUCAAGAAGUAUUGUUCCGUUGUCCGUGUUAUUGCACACACUCAAAUCUCCAAGGCUAAGCUCCAUCAACGUAAAGCUCAUCUUAUGGAAAUUCAAUUAAAUGGUGGUUCUGUUGCCGAUAAGGUUGAAUUUGCCCGUAACCACUUUGAAAAGGAAGUUACUGUCGGUUCUAUCUUUGAACAAGAUGAGAUGAUUGAUAUUAUUGCCACAACCAAGGGUCAUGGUUUCGAAGGUGUCACUGCCCGUUGGGGUACAAAGAAGCUUCCUCGUAAGACUCAUCGUGGUCUUCGUAAGGUCGCUUGUAUUGGUGCCUGGCAUCCUUCCAGAGUCAUGUACUCUGUCGCUCGUGCUGGUCAACGUGGUUACCAUCGUCGUACCGAAAUCAACAAGAAGGUUUACCGUAUUGCCUCCGGUGCUGAUGCCAAGUCUGGUACCACUGAAUACGAUCUUACCGAAAAGCCCAUUACUCCUAUGGGUGGUUUCCCUCAUUAUGGUGUCGUCAAUGACGAUUUCGUUAUGAUCAAGGGUUGUUGUGCCGGUUCCAAGAAGAGAGUCAUUACUCUUCGUAAGUCUUUGACUGUUCACACUAAGCGUUCUGCUUUGGAAAAGGUCAACGUCAAGUUCAUCGAUACUUCUUCCAAGUUUGGUCAUGGUCGUUUCCAAACUCCUGCCGAAAAGCAUCAAUUCAUGGGUACUCUCAAGAAGGAUCUUUAA